CCUCGUCCUUGAGAGACAAGAGAGAAGGGGGAAGGGGGGGAAGGAGGGGAGAAGAGAAAGGAAGAGAUCACCAAACACCCAUCUCCCGGUCCCUCCCCGCACCUCUGCCUCUCCCCACCCCACCAGUGUCUCACUUAGCACCCCGCGCCCGGAGGAGACAUUGCAGUUAGCGGCCUUCCUCUUGCUGAUGACCGGGCUCCUGUUUGAUCCUGUUUACAAGCUUCCGAAGAUUGAAAAUAACCCCAACUUUCCUGCAUUGGUGUUGGAAUCAGAAGAAAAUAAAAAGAAGAGGAAUUGAGAAUUUAAUCUGGGAGACUUGGCAGGGGGACUAAUUCUGCAAGUGUCUCAGGGUUCUGCAGCUCUUGUCGCAGCAAAGCCAUAGGUCAGCACCUCAGGAGGGGCCCCGUCCUCAGGCGACCCAGUGCCCAGUAGAUUCACUGACUCCGCUUCCCCAACACAGCUCGCCCUUGUAUCAGGUCCUAAGCAUAUUGCUAAUUCAGAGGCAGCAGGUGUGUAAGCAGCCCCUUGGCAAGAGGACCAAGUGUAGUUUGUGACAGAAUUGAGUGGAGAUGAUCCCAGGAUCUUCUUUUGAGUUCACCGAGUGACCUGCAGUUUUAUUCCAGCACCUAACACAGGAUGUCUUCCAAGCGACCAGCCUCUCCGUAUGGGGAAGCAGAUGGAGAGGUAGCCAUGGUGACAAGCAGACAGAAAGUGGGAGAAGAGGAGAGUGACGGGCUCCCAGCCUUUCACCUUCCUUUGCAUGUGAGUUUUCCCAACAAGCCUCACUCUGAGGAAUUUCAGCCAGUUUCUCUGCUGACGCAAGAGAACUGUGGCCAUAGGACUCCCACUUCUCAGCACAACACAAUGGAAGUUGAUGGCAAUAAAGUGAUGUCUUCAUUUGCCCCGCACAACUCAUCUACCUCACCCUUGAAGGCAGAAGAAGGUGGGCGUCAGAGUGGAGAGUCAUUGUCCAGCACAGCCCUGGGAACCCCUGAAAGGCGCAAAGGGAGCCUAGCGGAUGUUGUAGACACCCUUAAACAAAGAAAAAUGGAAGAGCUCAUCAAAAAUGAGCCAGAAGAAACACCCAGUAUUGAAAAGCUACUAUCAAAGGACUGGAAAGACAAGCUUCUUGCCAUGGGAUCAGGGAACUUUGGAGAAAUAAAAGGGACUCCAGAAAGCCUCGCUGAGAAAGAAAGGCAGCUCAUGGGUAUGAUCAAUCAGCUGACCAGUUUGCGAGAACAGCUGCUAGCAGCUCAUGAUGAACAGAAGAAACUGGCUGCAUCACAGAUUGAGAAACAACGCCAACAAAUGGAGCUGGCUAAGCAGCAGCAAGAACAGAUCGCAAGACAACAGCAGCAGCUCCUGCAGCAGCAACACAAAAUUAACCUUCUUCAGCAACAGAUCCAGCAGGUCCAGGGUCAGCUGCCUCCAUUAAUGAUUCCCGUAUUCCCUCCAGACCAACGAACCCUAGCAGCAGCUGCACAGCAAGGAUUUCUUCUUCCUCCUGGUUUCAGCUACAAAGCGGGAUGCAGUGACCCUUACCCCGUUCAGCUGAUCCCAACUACCAUGGCAGCUGCUGCCGCAGCAACACCAGGCUUAGGCCCGCUCCAACUGCAGCAGUUGUAUGCUGCCCAACUUGCUGCAAUGCAAGUGUCUCCAGGAGGCAAGAUACCUGGCAUACCCCAGGGUAACCUUGGUGCUGCUGUAUCCCCUACCAGCAUCCACACAGACAAGAGCACAAACAGCCCUCCACCCAAAAGCAAGGAUGAAGUGGCCCAGCCUCUGAACCUUUCAGCCAAACCCAAGACAUCUGAUGGCAAGUCUCCCACAUCACCCACCUCUCCUCAUAUGCCAACUCUGAGAAUAAAUAGUGGGGCCAGUUCACUAAAGUCCUCCGUGCCAGCAACAUUAGCUAGUCCUUCAGCCAGAGCUAACACAAUAGAUAUCCUUUCUUCUAUCACGUCGUCAGGUUAUUUAAAUGACCAUGAUGCUGUUACCAAGGCAAUCCAGGAGGCCCGACAGAUGAAGGAGCAACUUCGGAGGGAACAACAGGUGCUGGACGGGAAGGUGGCUGUUGUAAAUAGCCUGGGUCUCAAUAACUGCAGGACAGAAAAGGACAAAACAACACUGGAGACCCUGACUCAGCAACUGGCAGUAAAACAGAGUGAAGAUGGGAAGUUUAGCCAUGCAAUGAUGGAUUUCAACAUGAGUGGAGAUUCUGACGGAAGUGCAGGAGUUUCAGAGUCUAGAAUUUACCGGGAAUCAAGAGGGCGUGGUAGCAAUGAGCCCCAUAUCAAGCGCCCAAUGAAUGCAUUCAUGGUGUGGGCUAAAGAUGAACGGAGGAAGAUCCUUCAAGCCUUCCCUGACAUGCACAACUCCAAUAUCAGCAAGAUACUAGGAUCUCGCUGGAAAGCUAUGACAAACCUAGAGAAGCAGCCAUACUAUGAGGAGCAGGCCCGACUCAGCAAACAGCACCUGGAGAAAUACCCAGACUACAAAUACAAGCCAAGGCCGAAGCGCACCUGCCUUGUAGAUGGCAAAAAAUUGCGCAUUGGCGAGUACAAGGCUAUCAUGCGCAACAGACGCCAGGAGAUGAGGCAGUAUUUUAAUGUUGGGCAACAAGCACAGAUUCCCAUUGCCACUGCGGGUGUAGUUUACCCAGGAGCCAUUGCCAUGGCAGGAAUGCCUUCCCCACAUCUGCCCUCCGAGCACUCAAGUGUGUCCAGCAGCCCGGAGCCUGGGAUGCCCGUCAUCCAGAGCACUUACGGCAUCAAAGGUGAGGAGCCUCAUAUCAAGGAAGAGAUGCAGACCGAUGAUGUCAAUGGAGAAAUCUACGAUGAAUACGAUGAGGAAGAGGAUGACCCUGAUGCGGACUAUGGCAGUGACAGUGAAAAUCACAUUGCGGGGCAAGCCAACUGAUCAGGGUCCAAAUAUCUCUUGACCUACAGGACUUCAAGGAAAAAAGAAAAAAUAAAUAAAGCCCCACCUGGUUUAUCUUUGCCAGUGGCCAAGCACAUUAACUUUCUCAUACACUGACUGUUACUUUAACUGUUAGUCUUAACUAGUUGGGACAUCAGCUGACUAAUAGACAUCAGCCUGCAUCAAAAGGAAAAAGGCUCAAAAGAAAGGAAACAAAGACAACGAUAACAACAACAGAAUGAUAUAAGCUAUGGGUAAAAUAAUGCCAGUAAUUCAGCUGCUAUACCCAAGCACUGAAGUCUUACCCGUCGACCUUUUAUUAUUAUUAUUUUUUUUUUUCAAAUAAACUUUAUGGCUGUUUGUUCUACAAUGUUCUAGAAAUUCUCACUCAGGUACACAGUGCCAACAAGUGGCUUGUGAAUGUGUUUUGUUGUUUUGUGCUACAGUUUAAAGAGACAUAAUUUUUUCUUUUUUUUUUUUUUAGUUUCCUUUUUGUUUUUUUUUUUUUGGUAAUGCACCUGACAGGAAAGAAAAAAGAUAAAAUUCCUUUUGUCCCCUCUGUCUCCUCCUCCUCCUCCUCCCUGGCAAAUCUGGGUCAGAAGUGUGUGUGUGUGUGCAUGCGUGCCUGUGCGCGUGGCUGGCAAGGAAGGAAGUGGGGAGUCUGUUUCUGUUAACCCCAACAAGCAAUUAUUUCCUUUCAAGAGAGGACUUCUCUUCAUCAGUUGCACACCAUACUGAGUCUUUGAGCAAGUGCCAAAUUUGUACUAAAGCGCUGAACUAGUCCAAUUUGCUUUUUUUUUUUCUUUUGGUUAGUCUCUUUUUGUUUUUCUUUUGCUUUUCUUUUGCUUCCUGCUCUGUCUUAAGUUAGGACAGUGUUGUAUCUUAGACAAUCCCUUGAAGAACCUGAUAUACCAGCAGCUGGUGAGAUUAGACAUAUAUUUUUUGGGUUUGGUUUUGCUUUUUAAAGGAAACUGUAGGUGCCGUUCUCAGGUGAAAAAAAGAGAGAGAGAAAGACAUAAGAAAUCUAGAGAAAAAAUAUUUUAUGGUCUUGGAUUUUCAUGUGUGCGUGUUUAUGGUACUAAUAAGAAUAAUAUUGGACUAUUGUGAGCAAAAAAGCAUGUUCCAGAAUUAAGUCCCGCACCCUCCAAAUGACUUGGUCUGUAAGGAACCUUUGCUUUUAAUUUACACUUCAAGUGGCAGCAUCACAAAACGUGAUUUGUUCUGCACAGGACAGAGCAACUGGAAAUGUUACCUCCUCACUGAGUGUAAUUAGGUUACCAUGAUGUCUACUUUUGAUGAACUCGUCCUUUCAGGGUGGCUGAGUACUGAUCUCUGAUUCAGAACGCAAUUUGUUUUAAACUGACUUUUUUUUUUCUCCUUUGCACUUGCAGAAAUCCAUUUUUAUCAAUGGGAUGUUUGUGUAGGAAGGAAGACUAAUAGCUAUGAAGAGAUUUCUAUAGUCAAAGUGGGCAGUAAGAACCCAAACCAAGUUUCCCUUUCUGCUGCCUCUCACAAGUGAAAAAUUUUUCUCCUGAGCUAAAUACUUUGUGUUGUUCUAGAGCACUUAGAUAUGUUCGUUGGGCAGUUUUGCCUUCCUUGGGAAACAGCAACCAGCAAGGAAGGUGAUUUUACACGAGCAUAAACCUGAGUAGAAGUUAGCUUCUUGCAUUUGCAGUAAGGUACCUGAAUGUUUCACUUCAGAAAAAAAAAAAAAGAAUGUAAAUACAAGUGAAUCAAAAAGUCUCUUUUCAUCUCCUCACUCUUCCUGUAGGAGGAAAGGACCCAGAUUUGUGUAGCAAGACAGAAGCACUACAUUUAAACCAACCAACCAACCAAAAAGGCUAUCCCUAAUUUCAAACAGCAGCUAUCCAGGAGUUGCUUUCUGGCCUGGGAAAGAAAGUCUUAGGAUCAUGCUGAGACAAAUGCUUUCCUCUUGAGUUGGUCUUCUGACUGAGUAUGCCACCCUUAUAUUUAUAUUGCUCCCUGGUAAAUUCCUGUUCUUAGAGAGAAACUCAUUGCUCUUGUUUUAACUUGAAAAAAUAGCCCUGGCAACAUUGAUUUUGGAAAUGGUCCCUUAUUCUGAAAAAUUAGCUGUUGUUGCAAUCAGCCAUGUAAGGAGCCCAGGUGCAGAAUGAAAGGGGCAGGUAGGAGGAGAGACUGGGAAGGAGUAUGGGGGGGGGGGGGUGUCUUUCUUUUGCUCUUGAAAUCCUACUUGAAGUAUAACUUGACCUCUGCAGACCUUGUGGAAAGCAAACAAGCAAAUGCCAUUGAAGACUUAAGACAAUACUCCAAUGAGCGGUUUGGACGUGUGAUAGUUUUACCCUGAAACAUCUGUUUUGUUCUCCUCUUUUCCCUUUCUUGAUUUCUGCCUCUGCCUCAAAAAAUUCCUAUUUUCUCUCUCUCAAAAGAUUUGCUCUGAAGUUAUGCUUGGAGUAGCUGAUCAUAUCCUCCAUGUCAGAGAGGGUUCUUUUUGUUUGUAUUUUAUGACUGUGUUGAGGUUUUUUUUCAGUUGAACUGCCUCUUCUUGCUAGUGUUGUAAUGGUAAUUAUAAUAAUAAUAAUAAUUAAUAAUAAUAAUGGUCAGCUGUUCCCAGAUUAGUAAAUUAUGUAUAAUUUAUUUUAUCCCCCCCCCCCCCUUUUUUAAACUUUAUUUUAUUCUGUUCUAAUUCGGCAGUGCAGCAAAUGAAGCUGUUAGGCUAUUUAAAAUGGAUACCCCUCCCCACCUUGCCUUUUUAUAUAUAUAUAAAUAUAUAUAUAUACAUAUGAAAACAAAUUGCUUCUUCUUCUGCUCACACCAUUUCUCUUUCUUUUAUUUUAUUUUUGGCCCCAGCCAUGUCAACUUCUGAUGUUUAUUAUGAUGGAGUGAAUUAAUGGGAGUGUUGUUUUCAAUCUUAAUUAACUUCUGCUCUCUCAUCACUCAUUUUAGUUAUUUAAUUACACCAGUCAUCUAGAGCCAAUUUUUUUUGAAGCACUCUGUUUGGAUAAGAAGGAAAAAAAAUAGACAAUUGUUUUUAUAUCAUUAUUAUGUACAAUGUGAAAACAGAUAUUUGCUCCUUUUUUUUUUUAACUUUUAAAUUUGUUCCCUGUCUUUGUGAACAAAUUACUUCUGACUCUUGUGGGUUCACCUCACAUUUGCUGGAUGCUUGGUUUCCACCACGUUAAAGAGACUCUCUGGUUUAAUAAUUGUGUCACUUUGGACUACCAGAAUACUUUGUUUUAGCUCCAGGUAGGUGCCACUGCAGCAGGCGUGGUUGGAGCAAGUCGUAGAGGCAUGGGCUGGAAAGCCGGCCUCGGGGAGGUCAAUGGCAAAAAGGCCCAUUGACUUCAGCGUGACCGAAUUUCAGCCCCAAACUACGGGCUGCAGUGCAGGAUAUGCUCCUGGAGGUAGCCCCAUCUCAUGGGCAGGGUCUGUCCUGUGCCAGAGGAGCACCUGUGCCGGGGCUGCAGGACCAAGCUCUGCUCUUGGCAGUGCACAGCACAACAGAGCCCUUCUCUGGGAGUGCUCUGCACUGCUCACUGCCUUGGUCUGGACUAGGGCUCACAUGAACGCUAAUUAUGUUACCAUACACUUUCUGUCUGAGAGACUACACUAAAGCCUGGGGUUCAACCAGGCUUUGCAAAUGAGUAGCUUUAGCAGACUAUCCACAUCCUGCAUUUGGAUGUUGAAACCAAUGCAGCAAUGCUAAAAAGAAAAAAGGCAAAAAAUGAUAAAAAAAAAGGCUCUGGGGCCCUAAACCAGCAAAAUACUUAACACCUGUGCUAAUUUUUUGUUGGGUCCAAGGAUGAGCACCCAUAUAUCCUUUGGUAGUAGAAGACCAGAUUUGAAAAUGAGGCCCUGUUUGUCCUUCUUUAAUUUCCUAGGGAAAAAAAAAAAAACAACAAAACAAACAAACAAAACCUACAUUUAUAAAAAGAUCUUUUUGUGUUGUUUCUUUUUUUUUUUUUACCUGGGUUCUGUGCCCUGAAGCAUGUAGAAAAGCCAGGUUAGAAGAGGUUAGGAUCAUAUUAAACUAAAAGCGCACCAAGGCCCUGAUGCCAAGGUGGGCUUCAUUACCCUCUUAUUACCCUCUUCCCUGGGGACCUGGCGAGUGAGGAUGGUUUUGGGGAGCUACCGGGGGGGCAUAUGAGCCAUCUCCUCGUAAACUGGGGGAGCUGCUUAUGCUGCAUCUCGUGAGGUUACAAAAGAACACCACCAGCAGUGGGGGAAAGGGAAAAAUAAGCUGAGGCACUUGCUUCUAAGCUCGAUUAAAUAACACAGAGUAUAUCUUUUUUCAAUUUAUUCAUGCCUUAUAUUAGUAAAAUAGGAUUUUUAAGUGCAUUUAACAUCUUUAUUUAACCGUUCCGCUAUAUUAAUCAGGCCCCCAGAAAAGAACACUAGCUAUUAUUAUAGCAUUUAAUUAGUUUUGUAACCAAAUCCUCUUAUUACGAAUGCAUAUGGAAGAAAUUCUUUCUUCGAAGACAUUAUUUCAAAGAUUUGGUUACUGCAGUAGACUCUCUCUUUAAUUAAAUCAUUUUUUAGAAAGUAAAUUGUCUUUAACCUUUUUACAGCACAUUUUCAGAGCUUUUUCUUUUUAAUCCAAAGAGAUGAGCUGUUAUUGUCCCCGAAGAAGCCUCUGACAUCACAUUCCUAACAUCAAAAAUUAUUCUACUCCAUGGAAAUGUAGACCUUACUUAGCCAGAAUUCAUCUGCUAGAAUGAAUGGCAACUAUAUUGGUAUCUUGUAUGUUCAAGGGCAUGAUGUAUCGGAUAGGAAGUACUUUUGUCUGCCCAGUUCUGGAUAGAAACAUACCUUCAGUUUUGCAAAGAACUGUGUGCAAUUGGCUAGAUGUGGAUUCAAGUGUAUCCUCAAUUCACAGGGCAUGGGCUGGCUGUUUAGCUUGGUUUAUAUUUACAUUUUUUCGACUUUAUCUUAACUUGUCAGUUUCCCAGAUUGAAGAACAUGUCAAGUUCGUUUUUUCUACUGACUGAUUUCUCUACUCCCCAGUGUUUUUGUCACUGGUUUGCUGAAACAGUAUUUAUAUAGCUCCAUUGGCUCUAAAGCUCUUACUCCUUCUAACGUUUUGGAUUUUACAAGUGAAAUGAAAAUAGAAAAGAAAUAGAGACAAUCAAAUGCCUGGAGCUUAAAACAAAGUAUGUGCAACCUACCAUCUCACUUGAAAUUUAAUAAAAUAAAUAAUUAUGUAAAUAUAACAUAGAGUUAUAGAUUUAUAUUUUGUUCAUAACACAUAGUGUAAUAUAAGUUGUAUAUUUUCAUGUUUUGGUUUUAUGUUAUCAUUCAUGCCACAAUAAAUAAAAAAAAACAGGAGUUGAUGUACUCUUUAAAAAAAAUACAAUGUGGGUUGCCACCAUCCUGGGUUUUUGGUUUCGGUUUUUGUUUUUUUGUUUCUUUUGCAUUCCCCUUUUUCAGUAUUAUUGCCCUGCAAGGCACCAAUAAAACAGCAAAUGUGUUCUUUACCUA